UAAAAUGUUCCCUCAUAUACAAUGACCCAAUUAAGAUAAGGAACGUAUAUAUACAUAUGUAUUAUUCGACAUAGAAAAGUGAUCAACAUGAAAUUUGAAACGCUCGUUCUCCUCGUCGGUAUUCUUAUACAUACGAUAGCGGCCGAUGAUUCAAGAUGUCUUGCUCAUCAUGGGACAUGUCAGGAAGACAACCUCCAUUGCGCCGGAAGUUACGUCAGCAACAUGUGCUCUGGACAUGCUUCCAGACGAUGCUGCACACCUAGAGGCAAUAUUGACUGCACCGGUGGCACACGGUAUUCUGCUACAGGCACCGGGUAUUAUCCGAGCAGCAGUGCGAUAGAAGGCGGGUUUGUGGAUAUGCGGGGACAUAAGCUUGGAACGCUUCAGGAUUACCUUGCUGGACACUCUAACAUAGUUACUGUUGCUAUGGAUAACCAUGCCGGAAUUGCUUACGACACACCAGUGUGCAUACCGGAAAUGAAUCAUCGGUAUGGAAGGUUCAUUGACUUCAGGGUCAGGGACACCGGAAGUGCCUUUUAUCACAAGGGUCAUUCUAGGAUUGACAUCUGCGUCCGAACAGAAUCCGAUUCUUUCGAUAACACAAUAAAUGGACCACUGACAUUGGUUUUCUAUUAAAUUUUGAAAUGAUUAUAUAUAUGAGAUAAGUAAAAGACAAUAAAUAUGUUUCAUUCUAA